CGACGUAUGCGUGUUCGGAUGCGUAAGAUGAUUGAACCUGCAGUGGUACCUUCCAUGGCGCAGAGCUACAGUCUCACACGUGCCCAUAAUCUUUCCUUGUAUGGUUAGAGGUAGCGGAGUGCCCCGAUACGCAUGCAUAAACCUCUCGAGCACAGCUCACCGUCUCUCUCCGCCAUACUUUCACUUCUUCAUACUUUCACUUCUUUUGCUUCGCUGACUUCCGAACCUUCAAGAUGACGACGAGAUACCGUGUAGAAUAUGCUCUCAAGACUCACCGUAGAGAUCAACUCAUUGAAUGGAUAAAGGGUCUUCUGGCAGUUCCAUUCGUUCUGCACUCCCACCCAACAGCGGUUUUUGAGCCAGAUGGCGAAUCCGUGGAUCUGCAAGCCAGCGUCUCUCAGCGGCGAUAUGCGGAGAUUAUGCGGGACGUCGAAGAGAUCAUCAAUGAUCACAUCGCACAUCAAAAGGUUGGCAAGCCUGACCGUUCAAAGCUUAAACUUCUGGUCCCGACAGUAGGCAACUUCUUCACAUCUCUGGCAUUGCAUGAUGCCUUCAUCUGGCAAGACCAACGUCGUUUCAUCAGCUACCGACGCUUUGUUCCUCCAUCAUUCAACGACAUCCGCCUGGUACUGAACACAGCACAGGUGAUGAGUCUUGUGCGCAGUGGACCGCUGGAGCUCAUCACUUUUGACGGAGAUGUCACUCUGUAUGAUGACGGAAACAAUUUGACGCCUGACAACCCGGUCAUUGCUAAAAUCCUGCAUCUUAUGCGGCGAGGAUCCAAGAUUGGUAUUGUCACAGCGGCAGGUUACACCGAGGCAAAGCGAUACUACGAGAGACUCUUCGGCCUCCUGAAUGCUCUCCAGACAUCUAAUCUACCGCUAGAAUCCAAGCAGAACCUUAUCAUAAUGGGAGGGGAGAGCAGCUACUGCUUCAAGUUCGAUGGGAAUAGUCCUGACAUGCUGAGGCUUGUACCAAGAGAAGACUGGUUGCUGAAGGAGAUGUUGCUGUGGACAGAUUCUGAUAUCAAAGAGCUGCUCGACAUUGCGGAGGCGUCUCUCAAGGAUACGCUGAGGAGCAUGCGCAUGGAGGGAAUUAUUGUCAGGAAAGAACGGGCAGUUGGAAUCAUACCGAAAGAAGGUCACAAAUUCUGUCGAGAGACGCUGGAAGAGACGGUCCUGAUUGUGCAAAAGAUACUGGACAUAUCUGAAGUUGGCCAGCGACUGCCAUUCUGCGCUUUCAACGGUGGUAACGACGUAUUUGUCGAUAUUGGUGACAAGUCUUGGGGUGUUUUGGCCUGCCAACGAAUCUUUGGGGGAAUCGAAGGUGGGAAGACACUGCAUGUCGGUGACCAGUUCCUGAGUGCUGGGGCCAAUGACUUCAAGGCGCGGCUGGCGUGUACGACAGCAUGGAUCGCAAACCCGCUGGAGACAUGCCAAUUGCUGGAUGAGAUUGCCGAAUUGGACGAGAUGCAGCAACGCAAGACGCGGUAGAGUCAAGCUGCAUCCGGCGAUGACAUCACCGUCUUUGAGCAAGGGAUCUACUUUCAAUGAAGAUACUCCUCUUUGUGAAGAUGACUAUUUUCUGUGAAAGGCUGUUCAUUGUGAGGAUGCUACCCUUUGUGUGGAUAGAUGAGCUGGCUGUAUACAUAUAUAAAGACAUAUUGCCAACAUGCCGAAGAUGAC